GUGUGCAUGUAACACAUUGCAGAAGGCAGAAGAGAAACCAUCUGCACCAUUUCAACUUGUUAUUCUAACAGUCAGUGCCUGUUUGAGGAAGAGGACAGACAGGCACGUACGUCAAUGCUCAGCUCAGUUUUGAUACUAAGUAGAUAUUCUGAGAGGGGACUAUGAGUCGGGGAUCUAAGUCUAAAGGAGUUCAGGAGUACAGUCCCAGCUCUCUGCUGAGCCCACAGGAGAAUGAGAGGCUGGAAGACCUGCUGGGGAGGAGGUGUGCUUCCCUGGCCACUACCGUAGCACAGCUGUACAUGGCCCUGCCCCACAGUCCCACCUGCUGGAGCCUGCAGCAAACUGGGGUGGCCUGCUUCGUCAAGGACAACCAUCGUCGUUCCUACUUCAUACGCCUCUUCGAUGUCAAGAAAGGACAGCUGAUCUGGGAGCAGGAGCUCUAUAACCAAAUGGUCUACCACUGUGCCCAGCCAUUCUUCCAUACCUUCGCUGCAGAUGACUGCCAAGUGGGGCUGAACUUUGCAGAUGAACAGGAGGCUGAAAUCUUCCUUAGUGCAGUUGAUGAGAAGAUCAACCAGAGAAACCGUCAAGUGUCAGAGAAGAAACAUCGCCCCCUGCCUUCCAGUGACAGAGCGGGACUACCUCCACUUCCUGGUAAAGCAGGUCCUGGCAGUCCCAUUUCUCCCUCCAUGGCCACCAUGGACAUCCAGAACCCAGACAUCCAGGCUUCACGCUACCGCUCCGUCACACCUGUGCCUGCCCCUGCCUUUGUCAGUAAGGGAAAGAAGGACAAGAAAAAGGACAAGAAGAAGAGCAGUAAACUCUCCAAAGCAGACAUAGGAGCACCCAGUGGGUUCAAACACGUGAGUCAUGUGGGCUGGGACCCCAACAACCUGGACCCUGACCUGAAGAAGCUGCUGUCCUGUGCUGGGAUCAGUGAGGCUGAGUUGAAGGAUGAGGAGACCUCCCAACUCAUCCAACAAGUCAUUGAGAACUCAGGCGGCAUGGAGGCCGUCAAAAAGGCCAUGAACACUGGUCCUGGGCCUCCUCACCCUCCGCCUGGUAGGCAGGGUCCUCUCCCCCCAGUACCAGGGAGCUGUUCCUCCCCUCCUGCCCCUCCUCCUCCACGGGGAGGUCGCUCUGGCCCCCUGCCCCCUGUCCCAGGACAGCCAGGGCGUGGCCCGCCCCCCUCCCAGCUCCCUCCUUCACGUGGAGCCCUGCCACCUCCACCCCCGUUAGGCGGCCGAGGUGGAUUCCCACCCCCUCCACCCUCUGUGUCCCAUAGUUCUCUUCCACCUCCCCCUCCCCCUGGUCACCAGCGCUCCAUGCCUGCACCUCCUCCUCUUGCUCCAUCAGCCCCCAGUCGAGGAGGCCCAGCGCCUCCUCCACCUCCUCCUCCCCCGCCUCCCCCAGCCCAGAGCUCUGGAGACUUUCCUCCUCCUCCUCCCCCCUGUAAAGGUCCCCCACCACCUGCUCCUGCAUCUUCAGGAGGAGAUGGAGGUGGAGGUGGAGGUGGAGGUGGAGGUGGAAGAGGAGCUCUGUUGGACCAGAUCCGCCUGGGAAGGAAGCUCAAAAACGUCACAGACAGUCCUGAGCCACCUCCGCCUGCCCAGGAAGACUCAGAGGGUAUCGUAGGAGCUCUGAUGAUGGUCAUGCAGAAGAGGAGUAAAGUCAUUCACUCCUCUGAUGAAGGUGAAGAUGAAGGAGGGUAUGAUGAUGAAGAUGAUGAUGAAUGGGACGACUGAUAAGUGCAUUCCGUACUGUAUUAUUUUCCACUCUGUAACCACGGAAGUCAGGUUGAUCCAGUUAGAUUUAGGCCUAGAUUCAGUCUGCAGCGCUGAAGAUCCAUGCUCUACCACAGAUUUUUAUCUUACCAUGAAUGCCGGAACGAUGCCUUUAAAUUUCAAUUGCGCCGUAGUGCGGAUCUUCAGCGCUAUGGAUUGAAUCUAGCCCUUACACAUGGAAAAUGUACACCUGAAGAAUGCUACAGAUAAGGAUUGUGUGAAAGGCCCAAAGGUUAAAUAAAUCAGCAGAACGUAAGACAGAGAAGGUUAGAUGGGAUAACAUAUCUUUAUAUCUGUCGUUUCAACGUUUCCAGUGUAGGACUCAUGCUGAGUACGUACAUUACAUUACAGUAUGUUGCUCAAUAUCAUCAUAAAAGAUGGUGAGGUCUUCUACACACAGUCUUCUUUCUACCUGUUUCCAUUCAAAUAUUUGAUAUUACUGGAAUGUAGUAUUACAACUAAUAUUAUGCACACAUAUGAUUUCCCGUCGUAAUCUUCUACAUGUAGAUAUUGUCUGUUUUGUGCAAAUAUAAACAAACAUAGGUCACAAAGGCGUUAGAGAGCACAAGAGUCACCACAAUUACAACAUCACAUAUGGUUUUAGUAGACAAAUACAUACAUCAUACCAUACAAUUAUUAUCUCUCAACGUUGAACAAUGAAAUGUACACAUUUCCAAACUGAAUAAAGAAUGCAAAGACAAA